AUGAUCCAGAAAGUUUUCCAAAGAUGGGCUUCUAGAAUACCACCAGUUAAGCUCCAAUACAAAAACAUGCUUAGGGAUCCAUCCAAAAAGUACCCUGCCCCAAAGCAAAUAAAUUUACCAAAUAGAACAUGGCCAACUAAAGUCAUUACUAAGGCUCCACGUUGGUUAUCCACCGAUUUAAGAGAUGGUAACCAAUCCUUACCUGACCCAAUGUCGGUUGCUGAAAAGAAAGAAUACUUCCACAAAUUAGUAGACCUCGGGUUCAAAGAAAUCGAAGUUUCAUUUCCAUCUGCUUCCCAAACUGAUUUUGAUUUCACAAGAUACGCUGUUGAACAUGCACCAGAAGAUGUUGCCAUUCAAGUUUUAACCCAAUCUAGAGAACCAUUAAUUAGAAGAACUGUUGAAUCAGUUAAAGGUGCCAAAAAGGCCAUCAUUCAUAUUUAUUUAGCCACAUCAGAUAUUUUCCGUGAGGUUGUGUUUGGCAUGUCACAAGAAGACGCCAUUGCCAAGGCUGUUGAAACCACCAAACUUGUCAGAUCCUUAACCAAAGACGAUCCAAACAUGCAAGAAACAGAAUGGAACUUGGAAUUCUCCCCAGAAUGUUUCUCUGAUACCCCAGUUGAAUUUGCUGUCCAAAUCUGUGAAGCCGUGAAACAAGCUUGGGAACCAAGUGUAGAAAACCCAAUGAUUUUUAACUUGCCAGCUACUGUUGAAGUUGCCAGUCCUAAUGUUUACGCUGAUCAAGUUGAAUACUUCUGCCAAAACAUUACUGAACGUGAAAAGGUUGUUGUUUCCACCCACUGUCACAAUGAUCGUGGAUGUGGUGUUGCUGCUACUGAAUUGGGUAUUUUGGCUGGUGCUGAUAGAGUCGAAGGUUGUAUUUUUGGAAAUGGUGAAAGAACCGGUAAUGUUGAUUUAGUCACUGUUGCCUUGAACUUGUACACCCAGGGGGUUUCUCCAAACUUGGACUUUUCCGAUAUUGAAAGUGUCAUUGAUGUUAGUGAACGUUGUAACAAGAUCCAAGUUCACCCAAGAUCUCCAUAUGGUGGUUCUCUCGUUGUUUGUGCAUUUAGUGGAUCUCAUCAAGAUGCUAUCAAAAAAGGUUUUGCCAAACAAAAGGGUGACAAAUGGGCUAUGCCAUACUUGCCAUUGGAUCCAAAAGAUAUUGGUAGAAACUAUGAAGCUGUUAUUAGAGUCAAUUCCCAAUCUGGUAAAGGUGGUGCUGCUUGGGUUAUCCUUAGAUCAUUGGGCUUGGACUUGCCAAGACACUUACAAGUUGCGUUCUCAUCUGUUGUUCAAAACAAGGCUGAUGCUUUGGGUAGAGAAUUGCAAGUUGACGAAAUUGUUGAAGUAUUCAAUGAUGAAUACUUGGUCAAGGGCCCAUUAUCUCUUGAAGAUUUUGAAAUCACCAAGAACAAGAACGACGAUAGAGAAAUUUUUGCCAAGUUGAGCAACGGUAUUACUAUCACUGGUCAAGGUAACGGUCCAAUUUCUGCAUUCAUCGAUGCUAUUUCUAACAAAUUCGGUAUUUUAUUUGAAGUCGUCAACUAUCAAGAACACUCUUUAGGUAGUGGCUCCAGUAGUAAAGCCGCAACUUACAUUGAAUUAUCAUAUGUCAACGGUGCCAAUGAAAAAGUUAGCAACUGGGGUUGUGGUAUAAACCAUGAUGUCUCGGAAGCUUCAAUUGAAGCCAUUCUUAGUGUUGUUAAUUCAUUAAUCAACAAACAAGAAUUGAAGAUUUAG